AAUUUCAAACAAGAAAAAAAAAAAAAGAAGAGAAAACAUGGCUUUGGCAGCGAGGAGGUGGAUGGCAUGCAUGGUCAUGGUUGCUUUGGCAGCAGCUGCUUUCACAGACGCAGCCAUUACAUGUGGCACGGUGCAGAGCAAGUUGGCACCCUGCAUCAUGUACGUCACCGGCGGCGGUGGAACCGUGCCGCCGCCCUGCUGUGCUGGAAUCAAAGACUUGUACGGAAUGGCUGGGACCACACCGGACCGUCGACAGGCUUGUCUAUGCCUGCAGUCGGCGGCUAAGGGAAUAACAGGCAUCAAGCCUGACUUAGCCGCCUCACUCCCCCGCGCUUGCGGCGUCUCCCUCCCUUACCCCAUCAGCGGCUCCAUUAACUGCAACAGCAUCAACUGAAGUCAGAAUUUGCACGAGGCAUGUACGGAUGAAUAAAAGACGGAUAUGGUCUUAUUAUAUAUAUAUAUAUAUACAUACACUCACUCGAUGUGCCGUUGUAAUUGUCUUGUAUUAACUUAAUAGUAUAUGUACUCCGACCACGUUAAAUGGCCGAGGCCGCAUGUACCAUCUAUAUCUAUAUGAAUACUGAUCUUAUAUAAACGCACGUGAUGUUAUAUUCGGUCGCAAAAACCGUGCUUACGACACGAGAGGGCCAAAGCAUAAAA